AAACUGCAACACGCCGCUUUCGAAAACGAAACUGGAAACUUCAGCCAAAUAUUCUAACCAAACCUGACUCCGCUUCCAGCAAGUUAACGUUCGUAUUCGUUAUGUAUGGGCUCGAUAUAAAAGAAAAACUUAAUGCUUAUAGACGUCAGAGACGCAGGCAAGAGAUGACAAACAUUUUUAAAAAUACAAUACAAAUUCCCCCACCAUGGAACGGAGAUGAAACGAUCAAGGAUUCGUUGCCAACAACGUUACUCGAUGAUGUUGAGGAUGUCAAGGAUAUGGAAAGCACUUGUUCGGACGAUAGCAUAGACCGAUCACGAUAUACAGUGAUACAGAAAGUAACGUACCUACUCUACUUCCUUCUAUGGGUCACCUUAUAUAUUAUUAUGAUUAAAUUUGAAUUCGGAGCAGUAUAUUUUGUUUUCUCUGCGUUAAUAUUUAUGUGGCUGAAUACUCGCUCACGACCAAAAAAGCUAGGAGAACUUAGUGCUUAUUCUGUUUUUAAUCCAGAUUGUAAAGCUAUAGAAGGAACGCUUGACGCUUCGCAGUUUGAAAGAGAAAUACGAUAUGGUAUAGGAAGUGUACGUUAAUAUAAAUUUGUCAAAAUA